UGAUGACAUCACAGAAUAAAGCCAGGAUCCUAGAGACUAUGUGGCCACUCAGGUUGGGGCUGGCUGGAGGGCUUCAGCACAGCUCACCCCAGCUCUCACCGAGAUUCUGGGUGCUGGUUUGAAGUCAUGAAACGCCAUCUCAUGGAGCACAAGGGAGAACAGACACCAAUCAAUGGGACUGCCAUGGGCAUGGCCAGCCCAGAUGCCGCAGAGGAGAGCGCAGGAGUAUGCUGGCCAGGGACCAUGAGGAGGAAUGAAUCAUCUCCGCGGCCAGGGCCUGCCAUCCUCCCGGAGGACGACAUCUACUUGGCAGCCCGGACACAGGGAGUGCUGGGUUGGAGCAGCUCUCCAUCAUCCCAGUCGUCCUCUGAGUAUCAGUCUUACUCUCAGUACCAGUCCUGGGACUCCAGCAAGUCCGAGGAGCAGCAGGAGACCCCACCUGAGAGUGUGUGUGCCCUGUAUACCCACGUGCAGACCGUGCGCGGCGUGGCAGUGGCUUGGGAGACUGACGAUGGUUUCGAGCCAGUUACCAGGAAGCCCCUUAUCCGGGAGGCCGAGUUCAUCAAGCGUCAGCGACGGAAAGGCUCCUCCUUUGAGAUGGCCUCCAACACAGACCUGCGCUGGGAGCUGGAAGCCUGCAAGCACUACCUCCCGCAGACUGAGGACCCUGUGGACUGCUGCAUGCAGGAGCUGCGAGCACCACCAGACUGGCUGAUCACCACCAACCAUGGCUUGCGCUGUGUGGCCUGCUGCAGAGUCUUCCCUACGCUGGAGGCGCUGCUGGACCACGCCCAGCAUGGCCUCCGAGAUGGCUUCAGCUGCCAAAUAUUCUUCGAGGAGAUGCUGGAAAGGAGGCGAGCCCGGGAUCAAAGGCAGGACCAGCAGCCUGUAGAGGAGGAGCAGAGCUCUUCGAACAGUAGUGAAUGUUCCAGGCCCCUAACCAAGGUGCUUCCCCAGCAGCAGCAGCAGCAGCAGCAGCAGCAGCAGCAGCAGCAGCAGCAGCAGCAGCAGCAGCAGCAGCAGCAGCAGCAGCAGCAGCAGCAACAGCAGCAGCAGCAGCAGCAGCAGCAGCAGCAGCAGCAGCAGCAGCAGCAACAGCAGCAGCAGCAGCAGCAGCCCCAGCAACCACCGCAGCAGCCAUCGCAGCCACAGCCAAAACCACAACCACAGCCACAGAAGCAGCAGCAGCAGCAGCAGCAGCAGCAGCAGCAGCAGCAGCAGCAGCAGCAGCAGCAGCAGAGGCAGCAGAGGCAGCAGCCGCCGCCACAGCCGCGACAGCAGCAGAAACAACAGCCACUGCAGCAACAGGGAAAGUAGAGAUCGGAGGUGAGCUGCCCACCCUCCCUCCAGUAUUUUGGGUUGCUGCUCCUUUUCCAGCCAGCCGGACCAGAGCCACCAGAGCAGGGGGAGAGGACCAGGGUGGUGGUGGGGAAAACCAUCCAUGUGGCUGUGGAGCAGCAAAGGUGGGAGGAAUGGGAGCCUUUCCCCAAGGCAGAGCAUUUCCACUAGAGUCCAUUUCAAAACCUGAAUCCAAAGAAGAGGGCUUCAAGAGUUCCUGAUGGUGGAUGCAAGACGGGAAACAGGCAAGCACGUGGCCACUGGGAUUUCUAUUUUUGCUGAAGGACCAGCAGCAGUCCACACUUGCUGUUCAAGUACAAGUGACUCACAGGGGAGCCAACUACAAAUGAAGCUUCGGCCCUAUUUUUUUCAUUGUUAGGAAUCUGUCAUAUGCCCUAAUUCUAUGUCUUAUGUUGUUGGGAUUAAACUUGAAUAAGACAAAGUGGUA